AUUGCAUAUUUGCGUUUAUCGUACGUCCAUAUUUGAUCGAAUACACCAUUCGAACGGUCUGGCUCCUGUUACGGUUCCUGAAUUAGAGUUGAAAGAGCGCGUCGCCCUGCGUGUGUACAGUUAAAAACUGUUUGUUUUCCGCUGCGGGGUUACAUCAGGACACACACACACAACACCCACCAGCGAAGCUCUUACCUUCAAAACGCGUCCAAAUUUAAGAGAAUCCAUCAAUCCAGUCUCCUGUAAUCCACAGUUAUAUCCUAUCAGCACUUGGAAUAAUCUGAUGCAGAAAAAAACUAAUCUAAAAUUUAUCUCCUUAUUAAAACCGUAUUAUUCGACGCUCCGCGAGCUUCCGCAUAGAGCCAGACAGGGGAGAGCCUACUGUACAUGCAGGUACGCAAAUGAGGUCUGUCAGCCAAUCAGGUGUCCGAGUUCUGCCAGCUGAAAGGGAGAGGGCGGGACCUGGCCGGCUACAGAUUGUGUCUCUCAGAGAAUUCCCACUGUGAGGAAAUACUGCUAUUAAAAACAAAGUGCUAUAGGAGUUUGUACAAGAGUAGACCACACAAAAACCCAGAGUUUAUUUCAAAAUUAGUUAUAAAAGUGGUAGUUUUUAUUAUUAUAAAGUUUAUAUGUCUGAAAAUAAGAAAAUAAAAUAGAAAAUCUGAAAAGCGCCUGAAAAUGUUCCGUUUUUUACUAUAUGUUCAACUGAAUAAUUAAAGUGUCUUAAAUUAAUUGUGUAAAGGCUUUUAAGUAAUAUUAAUUCACAGAAUUGACUCUGAAUUAUUUAAUAUUGGAAUGAAAAGCCUUCAAAUCUAAGUAUGUUAUUUCAGGUGGAAAAUGGUAAAAAUAGGCUUGGAGCUUAAGAGGUUAAUAAAUAGCCAAAAUAAACAGGUGCUCCUUCAAAAAUCAAGCCCUCUUUCUUUAAUUUUAAUCCCAUUAUAAUCCUAGUAAAGUGAUCCAAGUCUGUCUCUUUCUCUCUCCUCUGCCCUCUUGGUGAUGUCACGUGAAUGAUUACCACCCACUGGCUGCAUACCCAGUAGCAGGAAAGUUGAUUGUGUCCCCCAGGACGUGCUUGUUGCAUUGAUGAUAAUGAUUUGUGAAGAGUUCUUUCGUGUCACAACCUAGGAUCUGUUGGGGACCUUUAGAGCAGCCUUGGAUAAGUACUCUCCUCAACUGCUUAAACUGUACCGUGCAAGAAAGGGAUCCUUCUGUCAAGACAUGGACACCCUCUUUGAAAAGCUUGAUGAAGAGGUAACCGAACCAGAGGCUGAGCAGACCAAAGGUGUCAAGAUGGGUGUCCUCACUGUUCUUGAUGAUGAUGAUGAUGAUGAUGAUGAUGAUGCACCUUCCUUGAUGCCCACUGUCACAAGUAUUGCCAUUGUGCUGGAAGUGGCUAUUGUUCUCACAGAUGUACCAGACCUUCCUACUGCCUUUGCCUACCUUUUCGGCCUGCUCUAUUCCUUGAACAUGGAGUUUCCAAAAGAACACAUGUAUACUUUUGAAACUAUUCAGCACAUCUUCAUGGAAUUGACCCCUACUUGCUCUCAGCGUGUCAGGAGCUUACAAACCAAGCUCCUUCUCUAAAUUAGAAACUGAUCUUUUACAUACACUUUGCUGGUUGGCCUAAUCCGUCUGUCUGAAAUGUCAAGACAUUUUUGGCUUUACAGGUUGUAAAGGAAUUUUUUUUUCUGCAUUGGCCCCAAUGUUCAGGGCUUUAUCCAGUGGGUUUUCAACCUUUUUGUUUUAUUCUUUACAUUGCUGAUAUCCAUUUGAAUGGAUUAAAGGAGCUACAAAAAUGUUCUAAAGCCAAAGAGCUGUUUUCUUGCCAAGGGUUGGUUUAGUUGUUUCCUUUAUGCCUUACAUAAAGCAUAGCUCACGGUUCUACAGCAGCAGUCUGCAGAUGUUUUUUGAAUGAUUAGGUGCUGUAUCUCAAAGAGAUUUUUAUAAGAUUAAGGCAGAGUAAUAGAUCCAUUUUUUAUAGAGAAGGAUGUGGCAGAAAGAGCUGGGCAGUGAUGUGCUUAGAGUGUACAGAAAUGGCACCCACUUUUUGCAAACAAGCACAACUUGUGUAGUGAAUCUAAAUCUUGCUAUUGUGUUUGUUUUUUUUUUUAUUUUAUUUUUAUAUAUUUUAUAAAUGCUAUACAGCAGCACUUUGUUCCUUGCAUUGUUAAGUCAGGAGUUUUUAUCAGCCUGCUUGGUGGACAUUCUUGCAACUUGAAAUUACUUGUUGCAGAAAGGGUUAAUAAACAUGUUAACUUAA